GUUACUUUUUUUGUUGUAAAAUUCUGAUCACUCUAUUCCGUUUGUGGUUUCCUCUUUUCUAGCUGUCAUUGUUUUCAGCAAACCAAAAAAGACUCAUUUUUGAUAGUGCCCACUUCACAUUUCUCACGAUCCAUAACGCUGACUUCUUUUCUUCUUCAUUCCAAACUCUUGUUCUGCUUCUGGAGGUCAGUGUUCUGAAUGAUAUUUGGUGUUGGUGCAAACUAUUGUUCACUUGUAGCAAAACCUGCUACUUCGUAAGAGGUGAUAAGAAAAUGCAAUUGUAUCAUCAUCCAUUUGAUUUGGACAGUCAGAAGGUGAGACUUGCCUUGGAAGAGAAAGGCAUUGAUUAUACAUCUCACCAUGUCAAUCCCAUAACCGGCAAGAACUUGGAUUCUUCAUUCUUCAAGAUGAAUCCCGGUGGAAGGCUCCCAGUUUUCCAAAAUGGCUCUCACAUAAUUCACAAAACUAUUGAUAUAAUCCGGUACAUAGAAAGAAUUGCUGUCUUCUCCUCGGGGUCUGAGAAUAUCACUACCAGUAGCAGGGAAGUGAUUGAAUGGAUGCAGAAGAUACAAGAGUGGGAUCCUAAGUACUUUUCCCUUUUCCAUAUACCAGAGAAAUACAAGAUAUAUGUUUCAAAGUUCUUAAGGCGAGUGGUGAUUGCUCGAAUGUCUGAGUCUCCUGAAUUAGCAGGUGCUUACCAUAAGAAGUUAAAAGAAGCCUAUCAGACUGAAGAGAAACUGAAAGAUGCAGAUGUUUUGAGAAGAAGCAAGGAGCAUUUGAAUGGUCUGCUUGAUGAAGUAGAGAGGCAGCUAAGUGAAACACCUUAUUUAGCAGGUCAAGAGUUUACCAUGGCUGAUGUGAUGCUCAUUCCAGUGUUGGCUCGUUUAACACUCUUGGAUUUAGAGAAUGAGUACAUAACUUGCAGGCCAAACGUUGCUGAGUAUUGGGUUUUGGUUAAGCAGAGGCAUAGUUAUAGGAAGGUGAUUGGUAGGUAUUUUGAUGGUUGGAAAAAGCACAAGACAUUGGUAAAAACUUGGUGCUUUGUUCGUAUUAGGAGUUUGCUCAAGAGGUACUAGCGAGGUACAUAUUGGUUGCUAAAAGGAAGUUGCAUAAGUGAAUAUAUGAAAGAGCUUCUUGGUGUGUUGUUUGUAGAUAAGGAAUUAUAAUAAACCGUGUUCUUUGUUUUUAUUUUCCCUUUUUGGUUUCAACAAUCUUUUCUUUUCUUUUUUUUUUUUUAAUAGAGGAGAGUACGAGAAAAGGGGGAUUCAUUUUUCUUUCUCCCUUGCCAAAUGGUGAUGUUAGGUAUGUUGGGAG